AUGGCGGGACAGGCGAACAACGACACUGCGGCAUCAGAAAUGGGUGACUUCCUCAGAGAUGUUGCCCGGACGACGGUCGCCGGCCUAGCGAAUGCGGCCAAACAUUCGGCUGAGGAAUUGUUCGAUGAAGCCCGGCAGAAGUUGGUCGCAUCCGCGACAACAAUGACCAGGACAGAAAUAGCAGCUUCGACGACGUCUUUGCCGUCGCUUGUCGAUACGGGAAUCGGAACCCACUGGCUGAGGAACUUACUAGGGCGCUCCGAGUGGACGUUACCUUGCGUCGGAGUCAAGCUCGUUCUCUGA